AUGUCAGUCCCAGGACCCCACGCCUUCCUGCUGGUGAUCAGACUGGGGAGGUUCACAAAGGAGGAGAGGAACACUGUGAAGUGGAUCCAGGAGAACUUUGGAGAAGAAGCCUCAAUGUACACCAUCUUGCUGUUCACACAUGGAGAUCACGUGGAGGGUAAAUCAGUGGAGGAGUUUCUGGCUGAGAGCAAAGAGUUACGGAAACUCAUCAAUAUCUGUGGGGGCAGAUAUCACUCCCUAAUCAAUGACAAGAGAGAAGACAACACUCAGGUCCCAGAGCUGCUGAAGAAGAUAGAGGAGAUGGUGAAGAAGAAUGGAGGACAACACUACACCAAUGAGAUGUACCAGGAGGCCCAGAGGAAGAUCGAAGAGGAGGAGGAGAGGAAGAAACAGGAGAAGAAGGAGAGAGACAGAGAGAGGAGACAGGAGGAGGAAGAAAGAAGAAGAAGAGAAGAGAAAUUGAAUGAGUGCAAGUGGUCAGCGUUUGCCAGUAUGGCUGCAUUGGGGUUGGGAGCCAUGUUCAGCUCUCCAUGGUCGUUAACAGCAGGGGCUGCAUUAGCCGCUGUUAAAGGCUAUCAGUGCAUGGACACCUAUUUCACCUCAGAAGACCAGGAGAAAUAAGAUUUCCACAUCCACCAUCUCAGAUUGUUUUGAAAUUAAGAUGAAUUAUUGUGUUAUAUAAUAUAAUAUAUAGAAUUUGAUCUCUGAGAAAUUAAUAAAUAAAUAAAAUUUAUUGUGCCCAAAUUUGA